GUCCAGCUAUGACUUGCAGCGCUGAAAAGCAUGCCGUCUACGACUUUGUGACUCGCUCUUGUUCUUGUGAAUUGGUCUCCGAACUGAAAGCUCGAGCUGAAGGUACUCCCGUCGUCUUGAAUCCUGGAGCGGUGGUGUCGGCUCUGGCAUCGAUUAUAGAGGACAUUGAAACUAUAACGAUCGUGAAAACGACGUGGACGGGUCCGUACACGAAGAGAGACGAAGCUGACACGACCGCCCUACUCAAUCCAGGGGGGCCGAUGAUCGCAAUAACAACUGGAGCUUCCAUUCCUGGAGGACCAAUGAUAGGAGCGACUGCGACAACAGCAACAGAUUCGCCGUUCCUGAGACCAAGUCCAAUCAGACCUCAUCCUGGACAUUCAUGUGGGAAUGUCACUUGCAGCGCCGACAUGUAUGCGGCCUGGAACAUGACAUUGGAGACUUGCGAAUGCAAAUACAUGAACGCACAGACGACACUCGUCGUACCAGGAGGACCGACAACUUUCGUCACUUCUACGACAAGAAAGCCGAAACCGACAUCUUGCCCUACACACAAUAUGAUGUGUGAAGUAGGCAAACAACCAACUUUCAACCUUCAAAACGGACUUUGCGAAUGCCAGACCAUGCCAAGUCUCUCUAAUCAGACUUCAUCAGCGACGACGUUGGCGCCGCUACCGACGGGAUGGGUGGGAAACUGUCCGGAGAUGUUGUGUAUAUCAGAAAUGCAACCAGCUUGGAAUGCAACUUUGGGUGCAUGUUCAUGUGUAUGGAUUGAUGGAUUUGGACCUAAUCGUGUGCGUUAG